GGCAUUUCAGUGUUUUACAGCGAAGGGGCCAUACCAAUUUCGGUGUGCUAUUUAUUUAUUUAUUGUAGUAACUUUUAAUUUUUUUCCGAAGCAAACAUGCUUGGUCUGUGCCUUUACGUCCCCGUGUCUAACUCAGACCCAGUUGAAGUGGAAUAUUUUGAGUCUGAUGGACUUCCGUCGGAGCUGAAGUCUCUCUUUAACAAACUGAGCGUGUUUCUGCCCUCUCAGGAGUUUUCAAGCUACCAACGAUGGAGAAAGGUAAGAAACACCACGUCAACUUAACUUUCUUUUGUCUUUAAAUGUCACGAUACAGCCUGUGAGAGUUAACAAUUACCUUCUUGUGAAAUCCCAUUACUUUGACCGGGUUCAAAUCCUUUCUUUCCGGGCGCAGCAAAGAUUAGCGUGUGUCGUAAAAAGCCUCUACGAGUAGGCCGCAAAUUUACCGGCUUCUCUAAAAAUCUCCCUGUACACCGCAAAUUAGCCUGAAAUAAUACUUUAAACUUUUUGUACAGUAUAAGUGUUGUACAGUUUUGUUCGUAUCCUCAGUCCCAUUUUCUGCCAACCAAGUAAUGUAAUAGUAAAAACUUAUGCCAAGACCUAGCGCAAUCGAAAGUGGCACGGGUGGCGCGCAAGACUUUUUUUUUAAAUGUAUUUUUUAAUCUAUAUUCAUAGUCAAAAGUUUGAACAUUACCAUUAUUGACUGGCACGGGGUCCUCAAUUACAUACUUAAGCAAACUUAAUACAAACCUAAGCUAAUUAAAAACAAAGUAUAAAUGAAUAAAAUUAGAGGUUUAAUGGAAAAAUAAAGAUGCAUGGGGUUACUAUUCUGCAAUCCCUGUUUAGUUUUGAAACAUUUAAAGUUGUGUUGAAUUUGUGAGCUCAUUUGCGGAAAAGUUUUAGACAAUUAUAAUCCUGAUAAUUUUGAAACAUUACCUCCUUAGAACCCUUCCAAAAUCUUAAAUUAGUAUCAGUUUACUAUUAAUUAGUCAAACUAUCGCUGUAGGGGUAAAUAUUGAUAUUAACGCACAUGCAGGACAUAAUAGACUUCAGAUUUUAUGACAGCGGAGAAGUAUCUUGGUUAUUUUAACACCUGUCAUUAAAGUAGCCUAUUGUUAGUCAUGUCUUUUAUGUGAAAGAGUUCUGAAGUGAGAACGCCUUUUUCGGUAACGGUAUCUUCCCUAAAAAGGAAUUUAUGCUAUGCGACUAGAGUCCAUGCCCUGCAUGAUCACUUCCCAGAGUUUGAUACAAACUGAGAACAUUUUAAGCACUCUUCUGAGACAGAUCAGAAAUCCAGAAGCAGUUCACUUCAAGACUUCGGACUUAAGUGCAUUUACAAAAUACACUGUUGCAAAGCGCAAGUGUUGAAUGGCACCUCUCAGAUUAUACUAUUUGUUCUCUUGAAUGAUCUAUUUUGGCCUUUCAUCUUUAAGACAUAUUGCUCUAUCCGUCACAUUUGGCCUUGAUAAUAUGUUGAUAGGAAACUGUUGAACUCAAUCUCAGUUUCAUGGGGAAAGAUUUGCCUGCACUCUUACAUAUCCGUCAUCUACAAUUAGUUAGAGGUUGACCUCCUGAAGUUUUUGCCUUUUAUUAGCUGAAGUUGAGAUUCUUGCACACUAAUUGACAGCACUGUGAGGAAAAUCAUUAAUGGCUCUAGUUAGCACCUUCUUCCUCUCACUAAGUCAGCGGUUGCCUGUGAUGCUGCUGGAGCAGCUGUUUGAGUGUGCCUGUUCCUCAAGGAAGGACAAGCACAUGUCUUUUAGCAAAGGCACGAGUUUGAAGGAAGAUUUAUGGCUGUCUUGCAGGUAGGAUGCGUGAGCUGCAGAGGACAGCAGAAAUGUCCGGCAGAGAGUAUCAGUAUUACAGUCUGAUGGUCAUAUGCCUGCUUUGCAGGCAGCAGGUCAAGUAUCAGUGCAGGCCAACGGGCUGGAGGAUUGCCGGUGUCCUGGUCUUGUUUUAGCUCAGUAGGUUUGAGCUUGGACCGGAUUAAAGCAGUUGGCAAGUUGACUUGCAGCCGAGGUCAAAGAUAUUUCAGAGUGUAACUACCUACUUCUCAUUCUCUCCUGGACAACUAAGCAUCAUUCAUUAAGCCAAGUGCACUCUGGAUCAGCAAAUGGGUCAUGGUGCUGUCUUUUGUAGGUUGUAAAACCGAAGCCAUUUGAAUGUCCCCUCAUAUUCAGGACUGCAUGCUUGACAUUUAGGUAGAGGACAGUACAGAACCUGCUGUACCAGUUUCAUAAUAGACCUAAAUUCUGUUGUCAGUGCUGAUGACUCCUGCAUACCUCAGCAACAAAUCAUCUGCUCACGCAACAGUGUGAAAUUGUCAGACAACAAAUUCUGCAUCUUUGUGUCAUUAAAAAACAAAUUGAAGGUGUCAGAUAGCCCUCAUUUAUCAAACUGCAAAACUAAGUAUGUAUUUCAUUGUAGCAUGUGUUUUUUUUUUCUUGCAGAAAACUUUAAAAAGGGAGAAAGGCAACCCAGAUGGACAGCUAGACUUUGAGGAGUUUGUUCACUAUCUGCAAGAUUAUGAGAAAGACCUGAAGCUUGUGGUGAAAAGCCUUGACAAGAAAAAUGCAGGUACCAGCCUUGGCUUUGAGCUCUUUAGGUUUAUCUUUUGCUCCAGAAGUCACCUAGAGACUUUUUCUUACUCAUUUUGCUUCCCUUUAAGGCCGUAUGGAUCUUAAGGAGUUCAUUCAGUCCCUCCAGGAUCUCGGUGUGCAUAUUUCCCCACAGCAUGCUGAGAAAGCCCUUAAGAGGUAAAUUCAUUCAUCCAAGUCUUCCACUGUGAUAUUCAGUCAUUAGAUUAAAGGACUUCUGAUCUUAAUACUUGACCUUUUUGCGUUCUUAAGCAUGGAUAAGAAUGGGACGAUAACCAUCGGCAGUAAAGACUGGAGCAACUACCCCAUGGUGGAGAAGACGGAAAACAUGCCUGAGAUCAUCCUUUACUGGAAACACUCCACGGUAAGUUCAGCAGUCAGCGCUCAAACCCCUUAAUUUGACUAGUUAUGAUAUAGGUGCUGUUCUCCUGUCUGAAGACCUGACCUUGAGUCGAUGGAUAUAAACAGAAAGGUCUAGAACCAUUUUGUUGGUAUUACAUAAACUUAAACGUAAUCUUCGAUCCGAUAACGCAAUUAGGACCUUUGAUUAUGAUAUAAAGGGUGUUGGAUCUUCCUCCUGCCCCUGAAAACAGGUCAGUUGAGGAACAAAUUCCACGUAGGCCUCAUCUCAACAAGCUGUGCGUCACUGAUCAAGUGCAGUUAGGCUAUGAAAAGAAGUGGUCCAAUUCCGGGAGGAUUAUGUUGAAAGGAUUUGUCAAGUUGUCUCACAGUUAUAUAACCAAGUCAGUCAGAGCAGGUGGAGACCAAAGUGUAUAACUAUUUGAUAUUUAGGGGCUGAAGCCUCUUUAAUGAGCCCUCGGGCCUCCACUUUGCAAUGAAAAGUAUCUGAAAGGCUGAACCAGGACCAGGAAUAGAGCUGGAGUUGCCUCUCAUUGGAGGCCCAGUGAAUCAGCCAAAGUACUCCUGAAACAUUAGCUGCUGGGUCAUCUGAGUUUGCUAAAUAUGAUGUGAAAUUCUUUCUGUGCUAACAGGCGGCAGAGCUGGUGAAGCCUGGAGUGGCACUAAAGCUGUGUAGCUGUGAUUUAUAAUGAGACUGUUGGUGUUCUCUAAUCAGGCCGGGGCAAUAAAAGAGCUGUCCUUACCAGCUCAAUACAGUUAUGUAAUGGUGAUUUAUGAAAAAUUAGACAGAAACUUAGCAUUGGAACAGAAAUACCUCCUAAGGAAGUGUUUCUGUUCGGGAAACGCUUCAUUGGAAGUGUUUUCUGAAAUUCAGCCUGUCCUUAAAGAUGGCAGAGACCCAAAGCUGCAGGUCUAGACAGAUCCAAUUUGUAACUCAUGCCCCCUUUCAGCUCGUGACCCACAUAGUUGGGAAACUUGCCUCCUUUUUGACUGGCUCCUUUUGCCCUUUGCCUGUGAAGCCUCAUCUGAAAGGCUCAGAUAUCAAAUGCACGCGGUGUUUCCAUGAUAACUCUCACAUAUCAGUUCAAUCUUCUCCAGCACUGGGCCCUCUGGGGUAACAGACCCAGUGCUAAUCCUGCUGCCUGCAGUAGGAGAACUGUCUGGGGGUCCCAUGGCACACAUUGGACCACUGUGAUGUGCUGCUGAUCCAAAAAAUGUUAAGAGCAGCACAUGUGAAGGAGCUUAGUAUGUAACUGACUCUUUGGUCCAGAACAGACACCUCAAAAUUACAGCAGCUGAAAACCAUCUGAAACAUGCAGAGGUUGUCCACUUGACGCUGACCCGAUGAAAUUGACUUUUUGACUCACCAAUCGAGUUGUUAGUAGAAAAAAUACACCUGCCAAGCAUUUAAUUGAAACAGUUGCCCAUUUUACACAAACAUUGUGAUUAGACCGGAGCAAAAUUAAAGCCAAAUGACUGUUUUUGAUCUAUUUUCAGUAGAUUUUAACCUGAACACAUUUUAUGUGAAGUCUUAAUCCCAAACAAAGCUGUUGCACUCGAGCAGCUAUUGUACUCAACAGUUUCUAAUUAUUUUGUACAAACAUUUCUGUAUCAUGUAGCGCAUGCUCCUCCAAAACCACUUAACCGAGUACCCAGCUGGUGUAAAUGUAGGACCUCUUCUUUCCAAUAAAACAUAUUAUUUCCACACAAAGAUGACUGCCCCUCAAAUAAACCAAAAUAAAUUUGAUUCAAAGAUGAAUGUCCAGAUGCAGGGGAGCGUGUCUGCCAGACAUUAUACGAAGGAAAAACGAAGUGCUCUCAGUAAUUGAUGAUUCCUGUCUUUCUUUGCAGAUAUUUGAUGUUGGGGAGAACCUCAUGGUGCCUGAUGACUUCACAGAGGAAGAAAAGUUAACAGGAAUGUGGUGGAAACACCUGGUGGCAGGUGGAGGAGCUGGAGCUGUUUCUAGAACGUGCACGGCUCCUCUGGACCGACUCAAAGUCAUGAUGCAGGUGAGACACAAAAAUUCAGCCUGACUAGAAAAGAAAUCACUUCCUCUUAAACCAGGGGGAAGGUAAGGACAUGGUUUGGGAACUUUGUCAGUUGCCCUUGGAAUAGAGAUAAUAUCAUGAAAAUUUCCACAACUUUCUCCACCCCACUUUUCAAGGUCGUAACAUUUCUAUCAUUUUAAAACCGUCCAAAUGAAGUGAAAUUAAGAAUUUAGAGCUUCAGGGAUCAAAUUCCACAUGAGGAAAUAAAGGGAACUCCAUCCUGAGGUUGAUUGCUACUCUAGGUAGCACAGUCUAUUAUCAACCUGUAAAAAGUUGCUCAAGACAGAGUUACCUAAAAGGCCAUGAAGUUAAACUUUAAUAGAGUGUGUAACAGCAGAACAGUCAGAGUCCAGGAUCUGAUUGUGUGUCACAGCCAGGCCCUGCCACCAGCCAAUCACAGCUCGGCUUCAGCUGUCACGCCCUCCGCUUCAUAAUCCUUCACGUCAUCUAAGAGUAAAGGUCUUGUUGAACUGAUUCAGAAUCUGUGUCAGUUGCCCUCAUUUGCGUCAGUCGGCAUGUGAAAAGUCGACUUUGUGCCCAAAUGAUUGGUAGUUACUUGCGUCAGGUAUUUGUUCAUCAAACAGGCCCAGUUUAAGUGUCAUUUAUAGGUCUGAAAAGUCUUGACCUACUUGUGAAAGCACCUGAAUCAUCCCAAAAAGUUUAAGCACAACCAGAGAAAUUCAGUGUAAUCCCCAAAUAUCUGUAUAUUUCCUGCACAUAUGUAUGUUUGUCCUGCUCAAGUAACGUCACCAAAUGAUGAAAAUGAAUUCUUGUCUUGUCUUAGGUUUACGGCUCUAGAACCAACAACAUGUGCAUCAUGAGCGGUUUGAUGCAGAUGAUCAAAGAGGGCGGGAUGAGGUCGUUGUGGCGAGGGAAUGGCGUUAACAUCAUCAAGAUCGCCCCUGAGUCUGCGCUGAAGUUCAUGGCGUACGAGCAGGUAGGACAAAUCUCUCUUUCAGUGUUUCAUGUUCAUUCAGUGUGGUAACGUCCAUUCACUAAUUUACUCCCUCACUUGGCUUCUCCAGAUUAAGCGUUUAAUCGGCAGUAAUAAGGAGACUCUGAACGUCGUGGAGCGGUUUGUUGCAGGAUCUCUGGCUGGAGUGAUCGCCCAGAGCACCAUUUACCCCAUGGAGGUGAUGAUAUGUCAAAAUCACAUCCUCUCUUUUAAAUGCUUAGUCAUGAAGACUCCAAUUUCAGGACAUAAAUUUUACAAAUUUUCUGAAUCUGUCUCCAGGUGCUGAAAACUCGACUGGCUCUGAGGAAGACCGGGCAGUACUCGGGGAUCUCAGACUGUGCAAAGCAGAUCUUCAGGAAGGAAGGAUUGAAAGCAUUUUAUAAAGGAUAUGUCCCCAACAUGCUCGGCAUCAUCCCCUACGCAGGCAUCGACCUGGCUGUGUACGAGGUGAGACCUCCACUUGGUUAUUUGAACUUUAUCACAAGUGUAUCAGUCUGUUUUUUUUGGUCUGUAUCCCGCAUUCCUCAUUCUCUUUGUGACAUAACUUCAAAUCUAAGCAUGACUGUGGAUCAUGACUACGGUUUCAAACACUGAUAUUAAUCAAGUAUGAAAGCAAACAGAGUCUUUGGGAGCAAAAAGGAACAUUUGUUCAAAAGCUAUUUCAGAAAUGCCAAACCAACGCUCCACCAAACGCAUGACCAGGUUACAUAACAGACUCUUGACUGACCAAAUGGGAGUCUUGAGACAAAUGGGAGCUAGAAAACGAUGCUGGGGGUGUUUGCUCAUUUUCUAAUCUGUGUACUUCUCCCCUCAGACUCUGAAGAACCGCUACCUGCAGCAGUAUGGCACCAACAGCACUGACCCUGGUGUGGUUGUCCUGCUGGCCUGUGGCACCGUGUCCAGCACCUGUGGGCAGCUUGCCAGUUAUCCCCUGGCUCUGGUCCGAACACGCAUGCAAGCCCAAGGUGAGACCAUGUAGAAAAUGAGCAUCUUGUCAGGUUCAUCACAGUAAACUAUAAAAAUGUAGUUUUUCUGUCAGGGUUUUGACACCAAGGGUUGGUGUGCAUUGAUUUUGAAUGAGAGGAAAUGGGAUAGGAACUUCACAGAUCAUAAGGGUGAUUAGGGUGUUAAAGAGGUCAUAAGGCUGUUAAGAAGUUUCUCAUGUGAGAAGCAGCUCCUCUUUAAAGCGCCACACCUAAUAAUGAUUCAUUUGUGGUGAAGGAAGUCAGAGAUUUUACACAGUAAGAGGUGGGAACCCAUUUACUCUCCAAAACAUCAGUGAAUCAUGUCAGAGAUUGCAGACACAUUAAGGGCCUAACUGAAUUUUAAUAGAGUAAAAGCAGGGUAUGCAUAUGUCCUAGAAAACUUGCAAGGAUGUCCUGGAAAGACCUUAAACAGUUGACCACAUUUCCCAGCCAUGGAAAACAUGUCAAAGCUAAAUUCCUAAAAAAUCUUGAGCUUUCAAAAUUCUGUAAACAUUCAUCUUUGUUUACCAGGGUUUAAAACCAUUACUUGGUCAUUAGAAAGGGCUUCAUUAUGGCAGUGGCUUGUGGACAAUAAUAGUAAGAAUAAACUCCACACUGUAAACAUCCAUAAGUGACAUUUUUUUCUCUGAAUUAGCUGAUCCAGAAUAAAAGGAGAAAAUAAAGUUAUACAUGCUGACACCAUGAUUGUAGCAUCUCUGAAGUAUUUUGGAGUCACUGUGAGGAGCGUUUGGCAGGAUGAGAGACUGAAACUGAUACUGACACCUCAGAUCAUAAACAAGACAUCAGUAAGAAGGCUGAUGAUUUCAUGGUCAUCAUUUUCAUACCUAAAACUAAUGUGAGGGGGAAGGGGUCAGACCAGGUGACUGACUGCAGCCAAAUGUGGCUUUUCCCACAGCACAUAGUCACAGUGAGCAACACGUUUCAGUCUUUAAAUUAGUAAAGCCAGGGCUUCUGCCUGAAUUUCACAAUAAGAUGAGAGUUAGCACUUGGUCCACAGGGGGCGCUAGUAUCAACACAAAGUAAGAGUUUCUCACAGCAGCCUUUGUAAACUUAGUUGCAGUACCCCUGCAGGUGCAUUAGCAUAUUCAAUCAAAUAUUGAUAACUGUUAGCGUGCAACAGCUGAUAGUUACAGCCCCACCAUGCACAUUUUAUGAAUUAAGCUUAAAAAGAAAUAUGGUGGGUUGAUGAAAGCAAAUCAGUAAGAGGACUAAACACUCCUUUUAUUCUCUAUCCAGCUGCGACAGGGGCCACAAGUGAGCAGGUGACCAUGACCAGUCUCUUCAGGCAGAUCCUGCAGACGGAGGGUCCCACGGGGCUCUAUAGAGGUUUGGCCCCCAACUUCCUGAAAGUGAUCCCUGCUGUUAGCAUCAGCUACGUGGUGUAUGAGCAUCUGAAGACACAGCUGGGAGUGACAUCACGCUGAAGCCCUGUCCUUCCUUUGUCAUGUGACUUAACAUCGAGAAUGUGACGAGUGACCCCAGUCUCACACCCUCCCAAACAACACUAACACCCUCCCUCAUCCUCCCUCCCUCCUGCGGCUCAUGUUAGGGAAUCCCGGGGACCUUGUGGCCCCUCUGGGGGUUCGUGAACGAUCUCAUUCUGUGAAUGUCAGCUGAUGAAAGACGAGAAAGGACACUGGUCACAUUUAGAGGCUGAGGUUGAGGAUCUGGACUCUGUGAGCUCAGGACUGACCGCUGCUGCUGCUAUUUAUAUUUCAAAGGAAGUGCUGAGAGUGAAGACAAGAAAAAGAGGGAUGACUGAAAGUCAAGGACCAAAAAUUGUAGUGUUUUUGCUCUCCCUGCCUAGUGCCUGAGUAAAACAUCCUGAUGUUAUUUUUCUCUUUGACUCUGCACGCUUUUCAGUCAGCUGAUCAAGCAUGCCAGGCACUCGUGUUUUGUAACUGCUGAAAAAAAGGUCCUAUGCAGAGAGGCAAGGAGAGCAUUAAAGAUCUCUUCAAAGUUUUAUUCUUUAACUGGUCUGCCUGCAGGAAGAAAUGAUUGUGUUCCUAAAGGAGAGGGUUUUGCACAUGUGAGUUUGAUCUCUCUCUCCACUGCUGUCCUGACUGAAUGAAUGGAGUAUUUAUUUCCAUCCUUUAUUUAUAGUUUUUAUUGUUGAAGAGAGGAUGUAAAGUGCUGCAUGUUUUCUGUCUGAACAGCCAAAAUGUGUUAUUUAAAACCAUGCAGUGAAUGUAUUCAGGGUGGGAAUGUAACUCCAGGUAUCAGCCUUAAAGUGUGGCUCUGAAAUGCUACGUUACCUGGUGAGGUGGAGUUUGUGCUCAUACUGCUGCUUUUAAAAGAACAUAUAUACGUUUCUGGUGUUGCAAACUGCUGCAGAUCAUGUUUGUUCCUGUGUGUGGAUGUUCUUGCUCAUUCUCAUUCAAAGGUAUUAGUGUCUUAAGUUGACCUCAGGUUUCAGGGCAGAUUCCUGUUUAAUUUAUUGAAGAGAUUCUCUUUUUGUUCAUUUCACAACGUUUAUCCUCGGAAAAACAAGGGCUGUAAAAUGAGCGACAUAUUUGCACUUUAAUCAAAGCUGGAAGGGCCUCUGAAUGAACAAAUGAAUGUCAUUAAUCCUGGUGUUUAGAUCCAGCUCUUUUUGUAAAACACAACUUUUUAGAUGUUUUAAUGGACCAUUUUGAUGCAAAUAAAUGCAAAUUCUUGUAAUUCA